GGUUCUGUGCAUGGAUGUGUUUGUGUUCUUUGAUCACCCUAAUUGUCGCAGAAGAUGCACCCAAACAAAAAAAUAUUAACUAUGCGAACUGGGAAUUUCCAGAAUGGAAUUACAUGAAUUUUAGCGCAGAUCCAUGUGAAGAUUUUUAUGAAUUCACCUGUGGAAAUUUUAAAAGUGCUAAACCAAUACCAGAAGACUACCCUUACAUAGAUCAUUAUGCCAUUGUGCAAGAUGAACUGGAAGAAAAAUGUAGAGAAAUUAUAGAAGAGCCAAAAAAGAUAAAUGACCCAACUGCUUUACGAAAAGCAAAAGAUAUGUUUGCAGGAUGUAUGGAUACAUAUUUCAUCGAUCGCCUGGGCCUUGGCGAACUAGAGCGAUUAUUAAUCCGGCUUGGAGGUUUGCCAAUAAUCACACCUGGCUGGAAGAAAUCAAAUGGCUUUUCAUGGUACCAAAUUGCUGAUAUAUCAUCGGAAUUUGGAAUUCCCACGUUUUUUAAUUUUUAUGCUCAAAGCAAUCUUUUCGACAGCAAUGAAAUGUUAGUUUAUAUUGAUAGAGAUUCUCUAUUAUUACCAUUUCAAUUGGUUGAUAAUCCUCGAACCGUGGAUGAUUAUAUUGACAAUAAUUUGGAUACAGAAAUACGGGACGAUAUUCCUUACGUUGUUUAUUUAAUUGAGAUGGUUCAAGUAAUUCAAAAAUAUACUGAUGUUUUUGUUCCUUAUAACAAAAUCCGGGAAGAAGUACUAGAAGUCGUUGAAUUUAUGAAGAAACUGAAAUCAGCGGGUUCAUUGCCUUUAAAAAAACCAGGUGCAACACCGAUACUUCCAAUGACUGUAAAAGAAUUGCAAAAAUGGACACAAGAAUAUAUUCCAUCUGAUAAAAAGCUCAACUGGAAAAAAUAUCUAUGCCACAUAUUUACGCAUACCAAAGUGAAAAUUUCAGAUAAGACACGGAUUUAUAUGCCAUUUUUUACUUCGGUUGUACAAAUUAUACAAUUAUUUAAUGAAACUCCGGAGAGGAUUAUCAACAAUUUUGCUAUCUUAAGAUUGCUUACGUACCUUGGUCCAGAAACUCAUAUCUCAAUGAGAAGUGCAGCAGAGAAAUUUUAUGCUACACAAGGGCAUUUAUCUUAUCCCAGAUGGAAGACCUGCCUCAGAAAGGUGCUUGAUUUUCCUUCAAUUGGCAUGAGUGGGGCUAUAGCUUAUGAAUACAGAAAAAGGCAUGUUCCAGAACAUUUAAUACAGCAUGCUUCUACAAUGGUUUAUGAACUGCGAAAAUCCUUCUUGGAGCUCAUGAUUUCAAAUGACUGGAUGGAUGCGGAAACAAAGAAAUUGGCAAAAAUUAAGGCUGAUUCGUUGCUUGUUCAAAUGGGUUUUCCAAACGAAGUAAAUAGUGAUUUGUAUCUUGAUGAACAUUUUAAACCUUUACGAAUUUGCCGGUAUGAUCAUUUUGGAAAUAUGAACAGAUUGAGAGCUUUUAGCCUCAGACUAAUUUAAUAAUUCUGGAUGAACCUCGAGAUAGAAACAGAUGGAGCCAAUCGCCAUUACUUGUAAAUGCCUAUUAUAAUAAAUUCAAUAAUAGAGUUACGUUUCCUAUGUCUCUAAUGCACCCGCCAUUUUU